AUGCGACGCUUUCUACUGGGAGAGGAUGAAGAGAGAAAGAAGCUGAGUUGGGUCUCUUUCAAGAAGAUUUGCAAACCAAAGAGGAAGGGUGGUUUAGGUAUUCGUAGCUUGAGGUUGGUGAAUAAAUCAUUAUUAGCAAAGUGGCACAUCAGAUACUGCAAGGAAAAGACAGCAUUAUGGAGGAGAAUUGUCUGCGAGAAAUCUAAAGCAGGAGAAGAGUAUAUGCUUCCUCUUCAAGUUAAGGAUCUGAUUGGUAAAAGCAUGUGGUUUGAUAUCAUGAGAGAAAACAAUGUUUUCUUUGAUGCAGUGAAGGUGCAGGUGAAAGAUGGUUUAUCGAUUAGAUUCUGGCAGGACAGUUUGUGCGAAAAGAAGCCAUUCAAGGAGAAGUAUUCGAGAUUAUACAGAAUCAGUACACAGAAAAUGGCUUCUGUGGGAGAGAUUUGUGAUACCAAUGGGGUUUUUCUAUUCAGCGGAAAUAUGAAUCCGGCGGAAAGCAUUGACCUUUUGGAACUGAAGUUUGACAUCAGACUUGUAGUUCUGACGCAGGGAGAAGUUGAUUGUUUGGAAGGAGUAAAGGCUGCAAAAGAUAUGUAUAGGGUGAAGGAGACCCAGAUUGGGAGACUCAUCGAAUUUUAUCGAAUAAAAUCGUACCUCCCAAGGUUUUGUUCCUUUUCUGGGCAGCUUGUCAUAACUCUAUUCCAACCAGAUCCAUGUUACAACGGAGGAGAGUAA